AUGUCGUGUAUCGAAGAACGGGAUGCGGAAGAGCGGGAUGUUGAAGAGCAGGACCCAAAAGAGCGGGAUUCCCAAAACGUGGACGCCGAGGAGCAGGACGACCAAGAUCAGAGCGCCGAAAAGCGGGAAACCAAAGCCGAAAAGCAGCCAUGCUUGGCUCCGAAAGACCAGCACGACAAAGAGCAUCACAUUCAAGAGCAGUGCGCCCAAUGGCUGAACACCCAAGAGCGGCAUGUCCAAGAGCGGGAUACGCAAGACAAGGAUGCCAUAGUUCCUGUCGCGGAAAAAGGGCCAUACCUGGAGUCUAACACCCAAGACAGACACAAACAAGAGAAAGCCCCCCAAUCCACGCAUAGGGUACCCUUUGAUUUCCAAGAGCGUUUUGAGGAAGUGCGGCUACAGAAGCUCGAACGAAAUCUGCUCGCCCCAGAGCAGUUGGCCAAAGGGCGGCGCUCCAGAAAGCGGCAUGCCCAAAACCUGCUCGCUCUAGAACGGCUUGCCAAAUUGCCGUUUGAAGAAGUGCCCCAAGAGCGGCGCGAGCAACAUCGACUCAUACAGCAGCAGGCCCUAGUACUGCAGCUUAUCAAUGACUAUGAGUGCCUCGGAAAUGAAGAGUGGCUCGCAGAAGAGCGGCUCGCCCAAGAGCGGCUCGCACAAGAGCGGCUCGCACAAGAGCGGCUCGCCCAAAAGUGGCUCGCCAAAGAGUGGCUCUACCGAGUGUCUCAUGCCCCAGAGAGGCCCUCCAGACACUGGCAUGCCCGAGUGAAGCUAUACCGAAAGCAGUUCAACGAACGCAACGCCAAAGAACAGCCACAGUCUGAUACUCAAGAACAGCAUGCAGAAAAUCCGGAGUCGAACACCCGACAGUUGGAGUUGUACAGGAUAGUGCGGGACCGGUGCGCCCGACAGUGGGAGCUGAACGCGCAACAGAGUGAGCAGGACGUCCAACAGAGGGAGCGGGACGCCCGACAGAGGGAGCGGAAUGCCCGAAAGAGGAAGCGGCACGCCCGACAGAGGGAGCGGGACACCCAACCUCGCGAUCAUAUGAGGAAGCAGGACGUUCAACAGAGGGAGCGGGACCCCCGAAGGAGGGAGCGGGACGCCCGACAGAGGGAGCGGGACGCCCAACCUCGUGAUCACAUGAGAGAGCGGGACGUCCAACAGGAGGGCGCUCAACAGCAGCAGUUGAAUACCGGAGAGCGGGAGUUGAACACUGGACAGCGAUAA